UCUCUUGUUGCUUUUCAGAGGUCAUGAGCAUUUGGGACAGUACAUCUGAGUACAUGCUUCAGCAGUUUGCCCUCAAAAAGGGUGUGGCCGUAGACGUCCUUGGCACUUUCUACAUCCUGAGAAAGCGCAUCUGCGAGGGGACCAGGCCCAUGAUUGUCCCCAGGUUCUACCUGUCACAACGAGUGGCACAGGCUCAGGGGCUCAUCUACACCAACAGCGACAUUCCUGAUGAUCUCAAAGUCGUCCCCCUGGACUAUUCCCAGCUGUCCCUGAAGACAUCCUUGCCAGAGAAGCUGGUGAAGGAGUGCGUGAAUGACAUCGUGGUCCUCUUCAGCUGGGGCGCAGGGCUGGGAGAGGACUACGACCUUGUUUUCAAGGGCAUCGGGGUUCUCAUGAGCCGGAAUCGGAUCCUCACAAUGAGGUACCGUGAGGAGUUUCUCCUUGCCGUUGAUCAGACAGGAGCUGCGCUGAAGUGUCUGCUCGCUAACCCGCAGACAGAGGUCUGUGUGCUAUCAGGCAGGGAACCGGCUGCUUUCCAUGUGUGUCCCGGGGGCAUCCGUGUGCUUCCAGGGUUUAAAAUUAAGCUGCCCUCUGAAAUAAAAGCCAGAGAGCUCUCCCCUGACAAGGAAGCCGAUGAGAAGGAAGGUGCACGGAGCUACCAGGAUAAGUACCUGCACCAGCAAAAGACACAGCCACCACACCAUCAGAAAGGGGACAGGGCUAUAGAAGGGAAUCAAAAGCACAGAAGGACGCCUAUGGACAAUGGUAUCUUCAGCCAGCUGUUAGCAGGCCUGAAGUCCAGGUCUGACGCUGAAGAAGGGGGAGUCAGGGAAGACGUGUAUAAGGAUCAGGAGAAAGAAGGUAAAGCAAUGGAUGAGUCCCUACACGGGCCAGCAGGUUUCCGCACUACCAGAGGACGGAGGCCAAGGCUGCCCGAGGAACACCUGUGCCUCCCAGGUGCAGAGCUUGGAGGACACUUCCCCACUCCGCCCCAUCCGCAAGCAUCCCUUGCCAAGUGCUCCUUCCCUUGAGCGCUGCCACAGGACCAAAGGCCUCCUAGCAGCAGGACCGCAAGUCUAUCGGGACUGCUGCUGCAGAGUGCUCCCAUCCCGAGCUGCCCGAGUCACAGCUGAGGUUGGAAGCUCAGAGCCCUCCCCGU